AUCAGUACACGUGUUGUGAUAUUAUUCGUCUAUUGAUAAACAUUAAAAAUGAAAAUGAAAUAUCCUAAAAGCCAUCGGAUAAGCCCUCAAAUCCAAACCUCACACUCCAUUUCUCCAUUCUCCAUUUUUCACAGAAAAAAUUGAAAUGGAAUACAACUAUAUUCUCUAAAGCAACCAACAGUUUCUUCUUCUUCCUCUUCUUCUUCACCGGUAGAAAUAUGGCGGCUGUUACUUCAGUAUCUUUCUCGGCGAUUACUCAAUCGGCGGAAAGGAAAUCCUCCGUUUCUUCGUCUCGUUCUAUUGAUACAUUUAGGUUCCGUUCCAACUUCUCAUUUGAUUCCGUCAAUGUUCGAUCUUCCAAUUCCACCUCUCGCUUUGUCGUUCACUGCACGUCCAGUUCAGCUGCAGAUUUGCCAACUGUUGCUGACACUAAAAUGAAGUUUUUGACCGCUUACAAGCGACCAAUUCCAACUGUCUACAACACAGUGUUACAAGAGCUAAUUGUGCAACAACAUUUGACAAGGUACAAGAAAUCCUACCAAUAUGAUCCUGUGUUUGCCCUAGGUUUUGUUACUGUGUAUGAUCAACUUAUGGAGGGCUACCCAAGUGAAGAGGAUCGUAAUGCUAUCUUCAAAGCAUAUGUAGAGGCGCUAAAGGAGGAUCCUGAGCAAUACAGAGCUGAUGCACAAAAAUUAGAAGAAUGGGCUCGUACUCAAAAUGCCAAUACACUAGUUGACUUUUCAUCCAAAGAUGGAGAAAUUGAAAACAUUUUCAAGGAUAUUGCACAGCGAGCUGGAACCAAGGACGGCUUCUGUUACAGUCGAUUAUUUGCGGUUGGUCUCUUUCGCCUACUUGAGUUGGCAAAUGUAACUGAUCCAACCAUCUUAGAAAAGCUUUGUGCCGCACUCAAUGUAAAUAAGAAAAGUGUGGACCGGGACCUUGACGUUUAUCGCAAUUUGCUCUCCAAGCUGGUUCAGGCUAAAGAGCUGUUGAAGGAAUACGUGGAAAGGGAGAAGAAAAAGAGAGGUGAAAGGGAAACUCAGAAGGCCAAUGAGACUGUGACAAAAUGCUUGGGAGACUACCAAUAUGCUGGGAGGUAAGGGAGAUCAUCAAUUUGUACUCCUGCCUGGACCUCAUUGACUUGUUCCACUAGCGGGAACAUUCCAUGUACAAUAGAGCUCAGUCUCCAAAGAUCAGGCAAGUUAUAUUAGAAGAUCAAAGUUACGUUGAAUGUUUUGUUAUUACAGUAAUUGAGAUAUAUCGCAAUGUUCAUUAUUUCCUGCUUAAACAGAAUAGCUUUAUUGUUGCAACUCUCUCCAAAUUGUUUGUAGAUAAAGCCCCUCUGUGUAGUGACAAAAAUCAAAGAGUUACUCAGCUGUCAUGCUCUCUCAUUUUCUUUAGUUCUGGUUUUGUUUCAAGCUGUGUAAACAUUGCUUUAUG